AAAACAAAAUCUCUUUUUCCCUUUCAUUUUAUUUUUUCGAUUUUUCAUUUUUCAUAAGCCUCUCUCUCUCUCUCCUCCCCCCCCCUCUCUCUCGUCAAUCGGAGGACUGGAAGGCUGGAAGCUUCUCUCUGCUCGAUCACCGGUCGAGAAUCGGCUCUGACCUUUCGGCUUCAGCGGGGUGGUUGCUAAGAUUUUGAGGUCAGCAAUUCCCGACGAAGCUUCGUCAAGACGACUUGAAGAGGAAGCAAAAGAGUAUUAAGGCUUUGAGCUGGAGAUGGAUACAACCUCUUCAUAACUCACAUCUACUGGGGAAGCAUAGAAAUUGAAGCGAUGCCAAAGCACCGCAUGAGGGAAAUUAAGUCCUUAUUUGGAAGUCACAUCAAUUCACAGAAGCAUGAAGAGCUGAAAGGAACUAAAAUAGGUAUUGAGGAGAAGGUGAAUAAAAUAUUGAAGCUUCUAAAAAAUGAAGAGCUUAAAAAAGAUGACAUCCCAGUAGAGAACUCCAAAGUGGAACCUCUCGCUGAGCUAAUUCAGGAUUUCCACAAGGAUUACCAAUCACUGUAUGCACAAUAUGAUCAACUAACUGGAGCGCUGAAGGAAAAAGUUUGGAGCAAACAAGAAAAGGACAACAGCUCUUCAUCAAGUUCAGACUCAGAUUCCGAUCAUUCUUCAAAUGAAAAAAGCCGUAAAAAUGGAGUGAUGGAAAGUGACUUUCAGAAAAUAACUGAUGGGAUCAAGCAGGAACUUGAAUUGGCACAUCAAGAAGUUGCUGACCUGAAGAGGAGAUUGACCGCUACAAGUGAAGAGAAGGAAGCUUUAAGCUCAGAUUGUGCGGCGGCUUUGACCAAGAUAGAAGAAAAGGAGAGUGUUUUUAUUGACUUGAAGACUGCAGCUGAAAGGUUAGAUGCUGAAAAAUCACUACUUUUGGCUGAGAAUGGUGAGCUAAAACAAAAACUGGAAGCUGGUGGAAAGAUAGAAGCUGAAUUGAUUCAAAAAGUGGAAGAUGUGGAAGGAGAGAAAGAUAACUUGAUUAAGGAGAAAGAGACUGCUCUGAGAACGAUUGAAGAUGGAGAGACUAUUACAGCGGAAUUAAGAACCGUGAUUGAUCGGCUGAAAGAUGAAAAAGUAACCCUUGAGCAAGAACUAGAAUCUGUUCGAGGGGAAGUCAUCCAUAUAAAGCAGAAGCUGCAAUCUGCAGAAGAGCAGGUAUCAGAUUUAAGCCACAAUCUGAAAGCCAAGGAGGAAGAAACAACUGAAUCUAGUCAGCUACGGGAGAAAUUGGGUCAGAGGGAAGUGGAAUAUUUGGCUCUGUCUGAGAUGCAUGAGCUGCAUGAGAAGGAAACUUUGGCUCAAAUUAUGGAAUUACAGGCUGCUGUGACAGGGCUGGAACUGGAGCUGGAAUCUUUGCGAGCUCAGAAAAGAGAUAUGGAAGUGAAGAUUGAGAGCACAGAAGCUGAAGUAAAACAACUGGGAGAGGUGAGUGCAGGACUGCAAGUCCAAAUUUCAGAAGUUGAGUCAAUAUCAAAUGAGAAAGCAGCAGAACUUUCUGCUCUCACGAAAAACCUUGAAGAUUACAAAAGUGAAUCUAUUCAGCUGAAGGAGAAAUUGGGUCAGAGGGAAGUGGAAUGCUCAGCUCUGUCUGAGAUGCAUGAGCUGCAUAAGAGUAAAACAUUGGCUCAAAUUACGGGAUUAGAGGCUGCUGUGGCAGGGCUGGAACUGGAGCUGGAAUCUUUGCGAGGUCAGAAAACAGAUAUAGAAGUUGAGAUUGAGAACAAAGAAACUCAAGUGAAACAACUAGCAGAAGAGAACGCGGGACUGCAAGCCCGAAUUUCACAACUUGAAUCAAUAUCAAAUGAGAGAGAAGCCGAAUUUUCUUCCCUGGCAAAGAAAUUUGAGGACAGCAGUAAUGAAUAUGGUCAGCUACAGGAGAAACUGGGUCAGAGGGAAGUGGAACACUCAACUCUGUCUGAGAUGCAUGAGCUGCAUAAGAGUAAAACAUUGGCUCAAAUUACAGGUUUAGAGGCUGCUGUGGCAGGGCUGGAACUGGAGCUGGAAUCUUUGCGAGAUCAGAAAAAAGAUAUAGAAGUUGAGAUUGAGAAGAAAGAAACUCAAGUGAAACAACUAGCCGAAGAGAAUGCGGGAUUGCAAGCCCAAACUUCAGAACUUGAAUCAAUAUCAAAUGAGAGAGAAGCUGAACUUUCUGCUCUCACCAAAAAACUUGGGGAGAUCAAUGGUGAAUCUAUUCAGCAGAAGGAGCAAUUGGAUCAGAAGGAAAAGGAAUACUCAGCUCUGUCUGAGAAGCAUGAGCUGCAUGAGAGUAAAACAUCGGCUCAAAUCCUGGGAUUAGAGGCUGCUGUGGCAGGGCUGGAACUGGAGCUAAGAUCUUUGCGAGGUCAGAAAGAAGAUAUAGAUGUUGAGAUUGAGAACAAAGAAACUCAAGUGAAACAACUAGCAGAAGAGAAUGUGGGACUGCAAGCCCGAAUUUCACAACUUGAAUCAAUAUCAAAUGAGAGAGAAGCCGAAUUUUCUUCCCUGGAGAAGAAAUUUGAGGACAGCAGUAAUGAAUAUGGUCGGCUGCAGGAAAAACUGGGUCAGAGGGAAGUGGAACACUCAACUCUGUCUGAGAUGCAUGAGCUGCAUAAGAGUAAAACAUUGGCUCAAAUUACGGGAUUAGAGGCUGCUGUGGCAGGGCUGGAACUGGAGCUGGAAUCUUUGCGAGAUCAGAAAAAAGAUAUAGAAGUUGAGAUUGAGAAGAAAGAAACUCAAGUGAAACAACUAGCCGAAGAGAAUGCGGGAUUGCAAGCCCAAACUUCAGAACUUGAAUCAAUAUCAAAUGAGAGAGAAGCUGAACUUUCUCUCACCAAAAAACUUGAGGAGAUCAAUAGUGAAUCUAUUCAGCUGAAGGAGCAAUUGGAUCAGAAGGAAAGGGAAUACUCAGCUCUGUCUGAGAAGCAUGAGCUGCAUGAGAGUAAAACAUCGGCUCAAAUCCUGGGAUUAGAGGCUGCUGUGGCAGGGCUGGAACUGGAGCUGAGAUCUUUGCGAGGUCAGAAAGAAGAUAUAGAUGUUGAGAUUGAGAACAAAGAAACUCAAGUGAAACAACUAGCAGAAGAGAAUGUGGGACUGCAAGCCCGAAUUUCACAACUUGAAUCAAUAUCAAAUGAGAGAGAAGCCGAAUUUUCUUCCCUGGCGAAGAAAUUUGAGGACAGCAGUAAUGAAUAUGGUCGGCUGCAGGAAAAACUGGGUCAGAGGGAAGUGGAACACUCAACUCUGUCUGAGAUGCAUGAGCUGCAUAAGAGUAAAACUUUGGCUCAAAUUACAGGUUUAGAGGCUGCUGUGGCAGGGCUGGAACUGGAGCUGGAUCUUUGAGAGGUCAGAAAAAAAGAUAUAGAAGUUGAGAUUGAGAAGAAAGAAACUCAAGUGAAACAACUAGCCGAAGAUAAUGCGGGAUUGCAAGCCCAAACUUCAGAACUUGUAUCAAUAUCAAAUGAGAGAGAAGCUGAACGUUCUGCUCUCACCACAAAACUUGAGGAGAUCAAUAGUGAAUCUAUUCAGCUGAAGGAGCAAUUGGAUCAGAAGGAAAAGGAAUACUCAGCUCUGUCUGAGAAGCAUGAGCUGCAUGAGAGUAAAACAUCGGCUCAAAUCCUGGGAUUAGAGGCUGCUGUGGCAGGGCUGGAACUGGAGCUGAGAUCUUUGCGAGGUCAGAAAGAAGAUAUAGAUGUUGAGAUUGAGAACAAAGAAACUCAAGUAAAACAACUAGCAGAAGAGAAUGUGGGACUGCAAGCCCGAAUUUCACAACUUGAAUCAAUAUCAAAUGAGAGAGAAGCCGAAUUUUCUUCCCUGGCGAAGAAAUUUGAGGACAGCAGUAAUGAAUAUGGUCGGCUGCAGGAAAAACUGGGUCAGAGGGAAGUGGAACACUCAACUCUGUCUGAGAUGCAUGAGCUGCAUAAGAGUAAAACUUUGGCUCAAAUUACAGGUUUAGAGGCUGCUGUGGCAGGGCUGGAACUGGAGCUGGAAUCUUUGAGAGGUCAGAAAAAAGAUAUAGAAGUUGAGAUUGAGAAGAAAGAAACUCAAGUGAAACAACUAGCCGAAGAUAAUGCGGGAUUGCAAGCCCAAACUUCAGAACUUGUAUCAAUAUCAAAUGAGAGAGAAGCUGAACGUUCUGCUCUCACCACAAAACUUGAGGAGAUCAAUAGUGAAUCUAUUCAGCUGAAGGAGCAAUUGGAUCAGAAGGAAAAGGAAUACUCAGCUCUGUCUGAGAAGCAUGAGCUGCAUGAGAGUAAAACAUCGGCUCAAAUCCUGGGAUUAGAGGCUGCUGUGGCAGGGCUGGAACUGGAGCUGAGAUCUUUGCGAGGUCAGAAAGAAGAUAUAGAUGUUGAGAUUGAGAACAAAGAAACUCAAGUAAAACAACUAGCAGAAGAGAAUGUGGGACUGCAAGCCCGAAUUUCACAACUUGAAUCAAUAUCAAAUGAGAGAGAAGCCGAAUUUUCUUCCCUGGCGAAGAAAUUUGAGGACAGCAGUAAUGAAUAUGGUCGGCUACAGGAAAAACUGGGUCAGAGGGAAGUGGAACACUCAACUCUGUCUGAGAUGCAUGAGCUGCAUAAGAGUAAAACUUUGGCUCAAAUUACAGGUUUAGAGGCUGCUGUGGCAGGGCUGGAACUGGAGCUGGAAUCUUUGCGAGAUCAGAAAAAAGAUAUAGAAGUUGAGAUUGAGAAGAAAGAAACUCAAGUGAAACAACUAGCCGAAGAGAAUGCGGGAUUGCAAGCCCAAACUUCAGAACUUGUAUCAAUAUCAAAUGAGAGAGAAGCUGAACUUUCUGCUCUCACCAAAAAACUUGAGGAGAUCAAUAGUGAAUCUAUUCAGCUGAAGGAGAAAUUGGGUCAGAGGGAAGUGGAAUACUCAGCUCUGUCUGAGAUGCAUGAGCUGCAUAAGAGUAAAACAUUUGCUCAAAUUACGGGAUUAGAGGCUGCUGUGGCAGGGCUGGAACUGGAGCUGGAAUCUUUGCGAGGUCAGAAAACAGAUAUCGAAGUUGAGAUUGAGAACAAAGAAACUCAAGUGAAACAACUAGCAGAAGAGAAUGCGGGACUGCAAGCCCGAAUUUCACAACUUGAAUCAAUAUCAAAUGAGAGAGAAGCCGAAUUUUCUUCCCUGGCAAAGAAAUUUGAGGACAGCAGUAAUGAAUAUGGUCAGCUACAGGAGAAACUGGGUCAGAUGGAAGUGGAACACUCAACUCUGGCUGAGAUGCAUGAGCUGCAUAAGAGUAAAACGUUGGCUCAAAUUACAGGUUUAGAGGCUGCUGUGGCAGGGCUGGAACUGGAGCUGGAAUCCUUGCGAGGUCAGAAAGAAGAUAUAGAGGUUGAGAUUGAGAAGAAAGAAACUCAAGUGAAACAACUAGCAGAAGAGAAUGUGGGAUUGCAAGCCCGAAUUUCAGAACUUGAAUCAAUAUCAAAUGAGAGAGAAGCUGAACUUUCUGCUCUGACGAAGAAACUUGAGGACAGCAGUAAUGAAUAUGGUCAGCUACAAGAGAAACUGGGUCAGAGGGAAAAGGAAUACUCAACUCUGUCUGAGAUGCACAAUCUGCAUGAGAUUGAAACACUGGAUAAAAUAAAAGGAUUUGACUCAGAAGUUACAGGGCUAGCACUGGAGCUGGAAUCUUUGCGACAUGAGAAGAGUGGUUUGGAAGUAGAGAUCGAGAGCAAAGAAACUGUAGCAAAACAACUGGGAGAGGAAAAUGCGGGACUGCAAGCCCGAAUUUCAGAACUUGAAUCGACUUUGAAAGACAGAGAAGCUGAACUUUCCGAUCUCACGAAGAAACUUGAGGACAGCAAUCAUGAAUCGUCAUCCAGAAUAGCAGAUUUGUCCGCACAGAUCAAUAAUCUGCUAGCUGAGGUAGAUUCUUUGCGUGCCCAGAAAGUUGAGUUGGAGGAACUUAUAGUAUCCAAAGGUGAUGAAGCAUCGACUCAGGUCAAGGGAUUAACGGAACAAGUAAAUGUGUUGCAGCAGGAAUUGUUGUCAAUGCAGAGCGGGAAAACUGAAUUGCAAGUGCAGCUUGAGAACAAAACUCAAGAAGUUUCUGAAUUCUUGAUACAGAUACAGAAUCUGAAAGAAGAAAUAACAAACAAGAUAACGGAUCAUGAGAGGGUUGUGGAAGAGAAAGAGAGUUUGACGGCAGAAAAGAGAGAGAUUGAGAUAAAGGUGGACUCAAUACACAACCACAAAAGUGAACUCGAAGAGGAGAUAAGAACAAAAUGCCUCGAGAGUGAUCAAUUGAGAGUGGAAAUUGUUGAGCUAAGGGAUCAAAUUGUUGAAUUUGAGAGGAGACUAACAGAAAAAGAGGCCGAGUUUUCUUCCCUCCAGGAGAAACAUGACAGUGCAGUGAAUGACACUUCUGCUCAAAUAACAGCCUUUGUAUCACAGGUUACUAAUCUACAACAGGAUUUGGAUUCAUUGCAGGCUGAGAAGAACCAGAUGGAGUUGCAGUUUGAGAGGGAGAAACAAGAACUUUCACAGAGCCUGACGCAAUUGGAAAAUGAAAAGGUUGAGUUAGAGAGCAAGAUUGCUGAUCAUCAGAGACUGCUGAAUGAACACGAGGAGACAUAUGGCAAGUUAAAAGAUGAAUAUAUGCAGCUGGAGAGUCAUAUCCAGGACAGUAAGGUCAACCAAGACGCUGCAGAAAGGAAAAUCGAGCAAAUGGCGGAAGAUUUCAGUAAGAAAAUUGAAUCCAAAGAUGAGACAAUAGCUGAUUUGGAGCAAGAGGCUGAAUAUCUGAAACGAGAUCUUGAAGAAAAAGGGUACGAGCUUAGUUCUUUGGUUGAAAACUCCCGUAAUGUUGAAGUUAAGCUCCGCCUGUCAAACCAGAAGCUCCGGGUUACAGAGCAGGUAUUGACUGAGAAAGAGGAGAGCUUCAGAAAGGCAGAACUGAAAUUCCUGGAAGAACAGAGAGCACUUGAAGACAGGAUUGCUAGAUUGUCUGAUAUAAUCUCUGCAAACAACGAAGCCUAUCAAAGAAACAUCACACUUGUUGCAGAAAAUGUGAACAGUUAUUUCAGCGGAAUGGAAUCCAUGAUAAAAAAAUUUAUGGACGACUGUGCAGAGUAUGAGACGUGCAUUCUGGAAACAUCGCAGGAGCUUCACGUUGCAAAGAAUUGGGUUGCAGAAACAAGGAGUGAAAGAGAGACGUUGAAGAGGGAGGUGGGGGACCUAAUUGAACAACUGCGAGAUAAGAAAGAAGAAGCAUUGGUGCUUGGAGAGCAGGUCGAGAGGAUGCGGGCAAAGGCAAGCAAGGAAGAAGUGGAGAAGGGGAGUCUGAUCAAGGCCAUGAGCCAACUUGAGAAGAAAGCGGCGGACUUGGAGAAGGUGGUGGAGGAGAAAACAGAGGGAAUGCUGGGAUUAGGAGAGGAGAAGAGGGAAGCCAUAAGACAGUUGUGCAUAUGGAUCGAGUAUCACCAAAGCCGGUACGAUCAUCUCAAGGAAAUUCUCUCGAAGACAACUCCUGCAAGAGGCCAGACGAGGGCUUCGACAUCUCGUCCUUGAUAAAUAUAUAUAUAUAUAUAUAUAUAUAUAUAUAUAUAUAUUUUCCUUUGAUUGCAAUAUGACAGUUUUUAGUCCCUUUGCAUCAUGAAUUGUUUUUAUUGAUUCCAUUUUUUGUGUUUCUUUUGAAGGCUAGUGUUUAUAAAGCAUUUUAGGUAGAGCUUGAAACGUAUAUGCACGAGUUUGCUUGUAAAUUUUGCUUUUGUUCUCGUCCAUUGAAUGCAGGCAUGUAUAAAAUGCAGAUGGUUCUUUGUUAACCUC